AAAUUCCUUUUGGUUUUGGCUUGUCUGGGUUUUUCUCCCUGGGGAAUCGUCCCCGUGCGCUGCCGGGAGGCGACAUCGCCGGACAAUGCCCCGAGCCGGAAGCGCGGCCUCCACCGGCGGCGUCUCGCGGAGCUAUCGCGAGAUUUGGGCCGGGAGCGCUCCCAUUGGCUGCGGGGCCGGAAGCGCGGACGCCCCCUGGCGGCGAGCGGAGCCCAUGGCGGCGGGGGUCGCGCGGCUGCUGCGCGCUCUGUGUCCCAGUCCGGCCCCAGUGGCGCUGCGGGCGCUGUCCCGGCCGAUGGCGUCGGAGGCGGCGGCGCUGGGGGGGCCGGAGCCGGGAGCCCCCCGGGAGCUGCAGACGCUGCGGCUGCAGCGGGAGCGGGAGCACGUCCUGCACCUGCAGCUCAACCGGCCCGGCAAGCGCAACGCCCUCAACCUGCUCUGCUGGAGGGAGCUGCUGGAAUGUUUCCAGGACAUCUCCCGGGACCCCUCGUGCCACGCCGUCGUCCUGUCCGGCGCCGGGAGCGCCUUCACUGCUGGGAUCGACCUGUCGGACCUGGGAGCCUUGGCCGGGGAGCCCGGCGGGGACGUCGCCCGGCGCGCCUGGAACCUGCGGCAGCGCAUCCUGGAGCUCCAGGAGAGCUUCUCCGUCAUGGAGAAGUGCCCUAAACCCGUGAUCGCCGCCGUGCACGGGCCCUGCAUCGGAGCCGGUGUGGACCUGAUCUCGGCCUGUGACAUCCGGUUCUGCUCCCAGGACGCCUCGUUCCAGGUCAAGGAGGUGGACAUGGGGCUGGCGGCCGACGUGGGGACCCUGCAGCGCCUCCCCAAAAUCGUGGGGAACCAGAGCCUGGUGAACGAGCUGGCCUUCACCGCCCGCGUCAUGAGGGCCCCCGAGGCGCUGAGCUGUGGCCUCGUCAGCCGGGUGCUGCCAGACAAGGCGACGCUGCUGGAGGUGGCCCUGGAGGUGGCCGCGGCCAUUGCCACCCGCAGCCCCGUGGCCGUGCAGGACAAGGUCAACCUGGUGUACUCGAGGGACCGGCCCGUCGCCGAGGGGCUGCUGCACGUGGCCACCUGGAACAUGGCCAUGCUGCAGACCGAGGACAUCCCCAAGUCCGUGCAGGCAGCCCUGGACAAGAAGGGACCCGAGGAUGUCCCGUUCGCCAAGCUCUGAUGUCACCUCAGUGCCGCCAACGUCACCAACGUGCCCUUGCCCGAGUGCCGAUGUCACCUCAGUGCCACCAGCAUCCCCAGUGCCCCCUUGCCCAGGCUGUAGAACCAGCUCAGUGUCCCCUCAGUGUCCCCUCGGUGUCCCCAGUGUCCCUUCUUCGUCUCUGGGGCCACCUCAGUGUCCCCCAAUAAACCCGUUUGUCCCCAC